AUGGAGAGGAAGGAGCAAUUAACCUUUACCUUCUACUGUCCCAAGGUUCCCAAAGUCAAGGGGUACCGGAAAUACCAAAGGCCUACCCUCCCCACCAACCAACAUCCGGGUGCCUCGAUGCCACCCCAGAGGCUGCAGCAGCAUGUGGACCAGACACACGCCUACAUCCGAAUGUUCUGUGGCAGCCUCUGUGGUUUUAGCCUCCUAACGCUGAUCUGCAUGUCCCCACUGAACUGGGUGCAGUUCCUGGUGAUCAACGAUGGCCUUGAGCUCUACGCAGGACUCUGGAUCUCAUGCAACCAUGAGCUGUGCUGGAGCCACACACCCAAGCCACCCUAUUACCUCCAAUAUUCCAGGGCCUUCUUCCUCAUCUCUGUCCUCACCAUACUUGUUGCCCUUGGCUGGCUCUUCAGAGCUUGCCUCCCUAGAAGAGGAAGAAUGACUCCUAACUUGGAUCUGAAGGUAUCCAUGCUCAGCUUCAUCUCAGCCUCCUGCUUGCUCCUCUGCCUCAUCCUAUUUCUGGCACAGGUUCACUGGCAUUCUAGAGAUGCCAUGGAAUCAGAUCUCCUAUGGACCUAUCAUAUUAAUUGGGGGAGUGACUUCUUAUACAUGUUUGCUGGGAUUAUCUCCUUCCUCAACCACAUAACUUCCAGAUCUCCUCCCCUUGAUCAAAAUGUCACUGCAGUUCCCAUAGACAAGUCAAGGCUGGGGAUUGGUCCAGUGACUACAGUACCGCCUGCUGAAGAUGCUGAGUCAGGGUUUCAGACAAAAUCUACAAGUGAGAAAGAGAAAAAACUAUCAAGUACAGAACUGUGAUGGUGAUAGGAUAACCCAACUACUUCCUGUCUUAAAACAGGGGAGGAGAAGCUAACUGAGUAGGGAAUGAUUGUGCAGAUUCGAGGAAACUCUCCUAAUACCAUGGCCAUAUUGCUGAAGGAGAGAGCAUUAAAGCUGAUGAAAUGUCCUUUGUGUAUGUUGCAUCUAAAAUAUGUAUGGUAGUCAUAAAGAAGAUAAUGAAAACUCACCCGAGAAAAAGUUUCGAAAAGAAAACAUCAGUGUUUAGGGUCAUGAAUGAAAGAAACUAGCAAUAGAUGCAGUGCGUGGAUCAGAGCUCUCUUUGGGCAUCAGGGAUUUCAUAGACCAGAAUGGUCAAUGUAGAAAAAUGUCACCAAAUUUUGUUUGAAGUUUUCUUUAUCGUGUGUGGCUUUGGGAAUACCCAGGAUGGAAGGCAUCUGAAUAAUAUUGUUGAAUCUAAUUGGCGAUCAUUACCAGAAAUGGAAUGAACAACAAUGGCGAUAAUACCUACCACCCAAAGGAGGUGAGAGGUGCUGGGUAGAUUCUGGGGAAUCCAUGACAUCCCACUUCUUAUGAAGAUUGGUAAUUUGAAAACCUUACAGUCUAUUAGGUAAACCAACUGCUUCUCCCUAAGCUAGAGGUUAUGUUAACCAAGCAUCCAUAAACUCUCUGAAAUUCUAUACAAAACUUGUGUAUGCUCUUUUCUGUGAAGAGGGCCAUACAUUCAAUCAGAUUCCUGAUAGGCCUAUGACUCUUUUGAUUCCUUAGAUUAUGUUUUACUGAGCGAAAUGAGGCUAAAGGACUUUCUUCAGCCUAAGUAUAUACGUGGACAAAGUUAAAAUUUUUUCCAUGUUUUGUAUACUGUUUAAGACUGAGUAAGGGUGGGGGAAUUCAGGCAAUCACAUGGAUCUUUUGAUGGCUAAAGAUCCCUUUUAAACUUAGACCAGAUUCCAUGCAGAAGGUCCCUGGCCUUCAUGUUGUCCUUUAUUCCUUUAGUAGCUGCCACUAGUCUUUUGUUUGUUGAGGUCCAUUCUUCUUCUUCUCAAGCCUGGCAAUGGAAUGGACUAUAGUGUCCAGUUUCACCCCUUGCUGCUCUUAAAGGUAAGCCCGGGACUUCCCUGGUGGCGCAGUGGUUAAGAAUCCACCUGCCAAUGCAGGGGACACGGGUUCGAUCCCUGGUCCAGGAAGAUCCCACAAGCCACGGAGCAACUAAGCCCGUGCGCCACAGCUACUGAACCUGCGCUCUAGAGCCCGCGAGCCACAGCUGCUGAGCCUGUGAGCCACAACUACUGAAGCCCGCACGCCUAGAGCCCGUGCUCUGCAACAAGAGAAGCCACUGCAAUGAGAAGCCCAUGCACUGCAACAAAGAGUAGCCCCCGCUCACCAUAACUAAAGUCUGCGUGCAGCAAAGAAGAUCCAACGCAGCCAAAAAUUUUAAAGCUAAAUUAAUUAAUUUAAAAAAAAGAUAAGCCCUGGGAUCCUUUUGUUUUAAUUUAGAGAGUCACUGGUAACCUUUGUAGAAAACAAACUUAACAGUUCUUAUAAUCCUGGUCCCUGGUCAGUCAUUCCCAAACAUUUCCAGAUGAUGACCAGAAGACUGUUAGGUUAAUACUUCUGCUUUUAUUCCUAAAGGUAGGAGUUUAGCAGCACAUGCAUGUGUGCACCCACCCAUAGAGACACACACAAAAGCACGUAUAUACACACACCCCAUUUUGACCCUGCCUUAGAAAACUCUUUUCUCCAUGUUGGCUCCUUCUCUCCAUGUUGGCGAUCUUAGUUAUUGCAGAGCGACUGGUGUCUCGUUACUUCAAGGGACCUCAUUUCCGAGGCUCUUCAGGCUGUUCCUGGGCCUUUGUUUGUUGUAAGAAUAGACAUGUAGUCAAGUCCAACUCCCCCUCCUCCCAUCACCACUCACCUGCUAAGUAUACCCCACAUAUUGACUAAUUAAGAACUUACUGAGUUCACAAGAAUUAUUUAUAAUUCAGUUUGAAUACUAUAAUUAUAUGACUAAAUUGACAGGGAGCUGAGUACUGAUGACUCUACAGGGAAUGGAAGUUUUAAGUGGGGUGAGAAGAAGGAAGCAGGUGUGAAUGAGAAGGGAGGAUGCUAGGUAUUCAGAGAGUAACGAUCAAGACCCUGGCUAUUACAGGAGAAUAGACAAUAAUUAUAACUAAGUUUCUACUUUACUAUCAGAGAAUGAUCUUUAAGCAUAGUCUUUUGCUGCUCCUUUAGAAACUGAAUGCUCUAUUUUCUUCUCUCUUUCUUUGCUUGUAGAAAAUUCCUUUAAAAAACUUAAGUAGACUUCCAAUAAGAUAGCUCAUUAAAUGACCCUUUGUUACAUCCCUUCUGCUCCAGAUACAUUACAUGAUAGAUGAAGUGGAGAGGGAUACGGGGGUGAGGGGGGAUAUAUAUGUAUAGCCAGGUCAAAACAAGACAAGCAUUUUCACAGACUGGAAAAAUAACAAAACCCACAAAGCUAUGAUUGAGUUAAGCCAUAGACUUAAUGGGCUCUAAGUCCAAAAGUAAGCAGAGGUGAACAGGAAGACAGGAAGACAGGUCCUGUGGAGUGAAAAGGAUCAGAAAUGCUUCUCAAGAUAUGGACUAGAGCCAGAUUCACAGCUCUAGCUCAAACUAGGGACUUAAGAAAAGAAGCUGAGGGCUUCCCUGGUGGCACAGUGGUUAAGAAUCUGCCUGCCAAUGCAGGGGACAUGGUUUUGAGCCCUGGUCCAGGAAGAUCCCACAUACCAUGGAGCAACCAAGCCCGUGCGCCACAACUACUGAGCCUGCGCUCUAGAGCUCACGAGCCACAACUACUGAGCCCACGCACCACAACUACUGAAGUCCACCUGCCUAGAGCCCGUGCUCCACAACAAGAGAAGCCACCGCAAUGAGAAGGCCAUGCACUGCAACGAAGAGUAGCCCCCACUCGCUGCAGCUAGAGAAAGCCCGCAUGCAGCAACGAAGACCCAACAUAGCCAAAAAAUAAAUAAAAUUUUAAAAAAAUCAAAGAAAAGAAGCUGAACAAAAGCUACUGCCAAGCACAGACUGGGGCUGUAGCUUAUUUGGAACCACAGACCGAAAGAGGUAAAAGGAUACAAGUACAACCUUGCUCAACCAAGCUGUGCAUUGGUUCAUUAACUGGGUCAGAACAGAACAGGAAAUCUGAAAUACCAUCUUAUGAGACCUGACUCUGGAGUGGGUCCUUUGGCCAAAGUAAGGAAACCCCAAAACUACCAGAUGGAAUGAGCAUAGAAGGAACGAAAGAAACAGAAAAGCCAGCAAAAUUAUUUUGGUACCUGCGAAUAGGAAUUCCACAUGUAAAGAAAUGUUCAUUUCAUUUCACUGAUUAUCUGCUCUAAUUUUUAUAAAUUUUUUUCAUUUAUAUCUACUCUAAUUUUUAUUAAUUUUUUCCUUCUGCUUCCUUUGCAUUUAAUUUGCCCUUCUUUUUCUAGUUUCCUAAGGUGGAAGCAUAGGUUAUUGAUUUUAGAUCUUUUUUCUUUACUAAUACAUGCAUUCAAUACUAUAAAUUUCCCUCUAAGCACUGCUUUCACUGCACCCCACAAAUUUUGGCCAGUUGUAUUUUCAUUUAGUUCACACAAUUUUAAAAAUUUCUCUUAAAAAAAUUUCUCUUGAAGUUCCUUCUUUGAUCCAUGUGUUGUUUAGAAGUGUGUUAUUUAAUCUCCAAGUGUUUGGGGAUUUUCCAGCUAUCUUUCUAAUGUUGAAUUUUAGUUUAAUUCCAUCAUGAUCUGGGAGCAUACAUAGUAUAAUUUUAAUAUUUAAAAAAUUUUAAGGUGUGUUUUAUGGCCCAGAGUGUGGUCCAUCUUAGUGAAUGUUCCACAUGAGCUUAAGAAAAAUUCUCCUGCUGUUGGAUGAAGUAGUUUAGAGUUGGCAGUUAUAUCCAGUUGAUUGAUGGUGUCCCCACUCAUGUUCUGCCUGCUAGAUCUGUCCAUUUCUGAAGAGUGUUGUAGUCUCCAACUAUGAUAAUGGAUUAAUCUAUUUCUUCUUGCAGUUUUAUCAGUAUCUGUCUCAUGUUCUUUUGUUAAGGCGCAUACACAUUAAGAUUGCUGUGUCUUAAAAUAUU